AUGUUGCCACACUACAUCCCCGUAGAACCUCUACGAGAGCUCGAUGCAACUUUCGAUAUAUCAGUUCCUUCUGAUUACAGCAUUAGCAAGGAAGAAGAUACGGAAGAACAUGACUCGCAUGAUGAGACUUCCCAUCAACGCGGAGUGUCGACACCAAUCAAUGGAAAGUUGAAGAGGCUUCCAGAGGUACCUAACUGUGUCGAUAUCGACAACGUACAAGACGAUGAAGAACGAAGUACAGAUCAGUCGUUCAACUCCAGUGGCGACUCAUUACCCCAGGCGGUCGAAGGUAGUGACAGCGAAUUGUCGGAUGAUCCAGCGCCGUACAUUGACCGCGAACUCAUAAGCAAACCACGAUGGCCAGAAGAAAAUUUCAAGCCCCACGAAACGGAUGCAACUAAAAUCAAAGCCGUAUUCCAUCUCAAGCUGCCCGGUGGUAGCGGAUGGUACACACAAAGAGACAUAUUGCCUGAGCAGCGCGAGUCGGCCGAAGAAGACAAGAACGAUGAACACGAAACUCUUUUCGUUCCUGAGCUCAUAGCAUACAAGGUUCCCCAGAAGCCCAAAGCUGAGAACAAUGCUACUUAUUCUCCCUGGAUCAGGGUCUCCACAUGGCGAUGGAAGCGAACUGCAGAUGACGAAACAGAAUUCUGGACUCCGAAAUUUGUCUUUCGUCGAUUUCACGCCCGCACCUACAAGUACGAAGGGAUCUAUGUCGGCGAGACGCGGAUCAAAAACACCGACCCCAACAAUAAAGCCUGGGUCUCCGCAUACCACAAGUGGAUCAACCAGAUCAAACGCCGCUCAGAUAGCAGCUGGGCGCACGAAAAACGACGGAACCACUGGACUGUCCCUGAGAUUCGCGCCAUGUACAAUGGCAUUAACAAUUUUCUACACACCAACGGUAUCGAUGCCUACCAUGGGAUAUCGAAUGUGAGUCUGCGGCCGAUACUCGAUGCUAUAAACGCUGCAGGGAACAAUAAUCGCGGGAUGGAAGCACUGCGCGGGCAGUUGAGUUCUGCGCACGAGUUGAAGAACACAAGUAUCGCUUACCUUCGUGAUAAUGUGCGAGAGCUGGCCAAGUAUCUGGAGGAUGGGGGCAUACUUGAUGAUGAGGAGCGGUUCCCGGAGAAAUUCAUUCCAGAAGAGGAGUUUCCCACUGCUCCGAGGGCGAACAUGCGGAGACUUGGGAGUAAGAACAAGUCUUCGGGACAGAAGGUGAAGGAUGUGGCAGGUAGUGUUUGA